CCAGUUGCAAAAAAAUAUUUAUUUCAUAGUUGAAUUAUUAGUAUGGGUUAAAUACGUGUAAUUAUUUUCUGUGUGAAGUUUUAAGUGAACAGACAUAAUUCAUAAUAUUAAAUAACUUAUCUGCCUGUCAAAAACGAAUCAUGGAUGAGGAUAAAUUCGCUUUAGUAGAAAAAAUACUCAAAGAUGUCGAUAAUAUCCUGUCGAAGAACGCUGACUUGUGUUCAUUCGACAUUGUGCCCGUGGACUGCAAUUUUCAGAAUAAAUCACCAGUUUUGCUUCUAGAAAACUGUCUAGGUUUGGAAUCCUGGUGUAUGAAGCACGUUUACAUGUACUGCUACUCGGAAUUAAUGGACAAAUACUUUGUAAAGCCAAAACGAAAAUCUGCCAAAUCACCCGUUAACUCAGAGCGUUUGGAAAAGCUGCUUAAUGUGACAUUACUUUUAAAUCCAGAAUUGAGUACAUUCUGGAACAAGCGGAAGGUACUGGUACUAAGGUUACUGCUUGAUAAGACUGCUGAGCUACGGUUUUCAAAAUUAGUUUUGUCAAGAAAGCCAAAGUGUAAUGAAGCAUUUUCUCAUAGAAGAUGGAUAUUGGAAGCAAUUUUGAAAGAUCAAAAUCUUCAAACAAAUGACAUUGAGACAUUAAUCAAUGAAGAGCUCCACAUUUGCCAAUCAUCUUCAGACAGGAGUCCAAACAACUAUCAUAGCUGGAAUCACCGAACUUGGCUACUCCAGACACUUAAACUAGUUGAAAAGAAGUUUGAUCUUAAUUUCCUCUAUCUCAAAGAAUACGAUUUCUCCGAAGGAUGGGUGUCAAAGCACAUUUCAGACUUUAGUUGCUUCCAUUACAGACAAUUCUGUAUUAAGAAUAUUUUAGCUAUAACCAAUGAACAUUGGAAGUCAUUUGAGGCGUCUAUAGAUGCAAAUCUUCGUAAAAGUUUUGUUCGAGUAUUAGCAAUGCAUUUUCCCAAAGAUGCAACAAUGCAGGCAUCAGAAGAAGAUCUAAUUUCAUACUCUGAAGAAAACCUUAUUAAAUUACUUUUAUGUUACUCUUCAAAGAGUUGUGAUUGUAUUUCUGAUAAUGUUCUAUUGUGUCGGAAGUUGGAAAUUUUAUUUCAUGAACUUGUCUUAAAUAAUGAGUUAGUGAGAUUUUAUAAAGGUCAUGAGACACUUUGGUAUCAUCGGAGAUUUAUUAUACAUGAGAUUUUGUCUUCCAUGCAUGAUCAUUUUGGAGUAGUCAGAUUGAAUGGAGCAUUGGUGAAGGACAUCUGCAGAUAUUGCAAUUAUGAUGAUUUAAGGCAGAAACAGGCAAAAAUUGUCAGGUAUGACAGCAAUCGCAUAUAUUCUUGUGUGCUAUUUAAUGUAUUAUCAAGGCAUGAGCAGGAAUUUAUUGAAGAGAUGCAAAAGCAAUGUGACAAUUAUGCCGGUAGGCAUGAGAAGUAUUUAAAGUUUGUUGAAGGCCUUAAUAAUGUCAUUUAGAUUUAAACUAUCGCCAAUAUAGGUGGAAAGAGUUAUGAAUUGAAAUUAUUGUCUGAGUAUUGUCCUUGGGCAUUUUAAAGUUGAAAAGCCUCUUCUGAAAUGGUAAGUAAACGUCUUAUAGUAUAUAAUAUGUAAAAUAUGUCGUUAUUUCCCAGUCGUAUCAGAGUAAUAUUUUGUCAAAUUGUAUUUAGAGAAUGGUUUACCUUAUUACCAAAUCAUAGUCACAUUCUUAUUCGGGAAGAGACACACGGUGUCUGAUUAAAGCCCAUAGCACACCAGAUGCGAUGUGUUAAGACGUGCAGGUGAGCGUGCACUAACAUGUUGGAGCCAUGAACGCACGUCACACAUGCGGUGUGCCGUCUCUUAUAAGGAUCUGUACGUAUAUUACAACGCGCAUGCGCACGUGCACGUCAACGCACAAGCAGUUUGCAAACGCCACGGAAGGAAAGUAGGUUUAUAACUAAUUUUACCCUCGUAAGGGGUCCUGUAUAUUUAAGACUAUAAAUAAUAUUGGAAUUAUUAUAUGCAUUUGUACAUAUGGUUUUAAUUAAAUUUAUUAUUUUAUUUAUACACAACAUCAUGAAAAUGCAGCUUUUGUUAUAUGAUAAUAUACAUUUUAUGUACAUAACGAUUCAAUUUAUAAACUUUUGUGCGCCAACGUGUAAUUGUCGACUAACAAAUGGCGUCAUACAGCAAAAAGGGGUAUUUUAUUAAUUAUUUUAAUUUAAUGACAUAACAUUUUAUAGAAAAUAUUAAUGAUAUAGGUAUAGUCGUAGAGCAAUAAUAACAGAAGGUACCUGUAACAUAAACGUGUAACACUUUUGUAUUGCAAAGUUUGAUCGAUAACCGACGUCACGACGUGACGAUCUCUGGACGUCAUUAUGACGACAUGGCUUUUGAAGUUUUUGGCGAUCAAAAAUAUUUAAAAUUACCUUUUUAAAUUUCUACUUUUAAAUAUAAUUCAUUAAUAAAGCCGAUAAGUUAGGUGUGGAUAAACAAUAUGGACAGAACGAUCUAUUGACAUCCAUGUGAAGGUUGUCUAGAAGAGAUGUUUUUUAGCGAUAGAGCCGCCAGUUGUAAUAUUUUCUUUUUAUAUAUUUAUUUAAUCUUUAUUGCACAAUGCAUGAAGGUACAAAUGGCGGAAUUAAUGCCUUAAGGCAUUCUCUACCAGUCAACCAAUGCAGUGUAUUGAGGUAUGCAAUAAAUAAUAUUUUAUUGUAUUAUAACAUACAAUACAAUCAUCAUCAUUAUUAUAUGAGUCAAAGACAAAUCUUCAAAAUCCAUCAAAUUUUUAAAGUUCUCACUUAGUUUAUAUGCUUUGAUUUUAAUAUAAAAUAUAUAAAGACAUUGAUAAUUAAAAUAAAUAAGUACCUGUCA